GAUGCGGCUCCAACCUGCAUAGGAGUCAAGCGAGGGGAGAACAUAUAUUUACUUACUUAGGAAGUCAAUUAGAAUAUAUCGUGACAUUCUCUCUCACCUUAAUCCUCACAAUCUUCACUCCUCCAAGAGAAUUUCUUAGUCAGAACCAAGAUUUUGAAGCGAUAGCCACAAAUCUCCAACCCCUCCGAAUCUCCCCGCGUAUCUUUUCCAAACCUCACUCACAACCCCUCUCACUCAAGAAGGGACAAUCUACACCACAAUGGCAUCUAAACUCAAACCACUCUCCCGUCUCACAAAUAGCCUUCGACCCUACAUUCGCUCAACAAACAUCCAACCAAGAUCCUUCUCAGCAUGCCCAAGUUACCGAACCGAUGGUGUUUACCGCGAGUUAACCGCAAUGCGUACCCGCGUCCCCUUCAUCGAAGCCUUCCGAAAACAACAAAACGAAGGUUCCCAAUCCUCACCUAUACCAACCGAGAAAGUCGAACGAGAUCUCUCUCCGAAAUCAAUGUCAGAUAGCCAUACCCGGAUCAUCCUUCCUCUAGCCCGAGAUCCGUGGCUUCUGGAUUCGUAUAUCAAUAGCUCGGGUCAUAUUAGGCUCGGCACGAUAUUCAUGGACCUCGAUGCCCUGGCUGGAGUCAUUGCCUACAAGCACACCGGAGACUCGGUCAUGACCGUCACGGCGGCUGUGGAUAGAAUCACGCUUAAACAGCCAUUAAAUCAGAUUUGUGAUCUGGAAUUAAGUGGUAGAGUGACGUUUGCUACGGGGAGGAGUAGUAUGGAGGUCUCGAUUCAAGUUGCAAAAGCGCCUGAAGAGGGGAAGGAGGUAGAAGGGGCGGAUGUUUUGAUGACCUGUGCAUUCACAAUGGUAUCUCUCGACCCAGCAACCAAGAAACCAGUCAAUAUCAGCCCCCUCAAAACCAACACACCAGAGGAAAAAGCUAUUUUCGACCAAGGAGAAGCGAACUACAAUCUCAAGAAAUCGAUGCAAUCACAAGCACUAAGAAAACAGACUCCCAAUGACGAGGAAUCGGAUCUCAUCCACGCCCUCUGGCUUGCUCAGCUAGAUUACCACAACCCCAACACACCGGCCAGGAAACCUUCAUCCGCGCUCUACAUGAAGAGUACCCAGAUCCAUUCAACUCAGAUAAUGCAACCGCAAUACCGUAACCGCCACAACUUCAUGAUCUUCGGCGGCUUCCUCCUCAAAUCCACCUUCGAACUAGCCUUCACCUGCGCCUCCUCAAUCUCGCACACGCGCCCAACAUUCAUCGCCCUCGACCCCUCCACCUUCCUGCACCCCGUCCCCGUCGGCUCCGUCCUCUAUCUCACCGCCACCGUCGCCUACUCCGACUCCCCCCUCCCCUCCCUCGCCCAAUUCUCCCCCAACCCAUCCAUCUCUCCCGACCCAAAGACGAGCCCGAAAGGCAGCUCGCGGAUCCAGAUCAGGGUCGACUCCAAGGUCCGCAGUAUCGAGGGCGGCGAGACGAAACCGACGGGCACGUUUAAUUAUACGUUUCAGGUGGGCAGGGAGUUGCAGGUUGUGCCCGAGACGUAUGGGGAGUUUAUGAUGUUUUUGGAUGCGAGGAGGAGGGGGUUGGUUGUUAAUCGGAGUCUGGGGGAGGGGGAGGGGAGGAAGGGGGGUGUGCUUGAGUAGGUUGGAUGAGAGGUUGGAUAUAGGAUUUUCUGAGUUGAGAGUUGGGAGCAUGUCGAAAGCUUUAGUUGAUUUACUCCUUUCAUAGCAAACUCGACCAUCAUACCUCCGUUCUAUACAUCUAUAAAAUCUGAACAUCCUUAAGACAUAGUAAAUUGACA